AGUUGCUAGAUGGAAAAUGGAUUCCUUAUUUCACGUCCUGGUUUUUACCUGUCUUGCUUUGGCAAUCUCAGAAGGGUUUCUGAUUAUCCAUGUCCAGAAACAGCAGUGUCUUUCAGAAAAGAAAGGAGUCAUUAUGGAAAAGUGCAAUAUGACCCAUCUCAACCAGCAGUGGAGGUGGACAGCAGAUGACAGGCUCCUCCAUGUUAGAUCUGGCCAGUGCCUGAGCAUCUCUACACGCUCUGCCCUGUCAUCUCGCAGCAUCAUCGUUGAUUGUCCCCAGGCAGUCAGGUGGACUUGCCAUGAGGAGGACGGGCUCCUGAAGGUGGCCAACAGCUCUCUCUUUCUCACGAAGCAAGGUCAGAAGGUAAUGGCCAAGCAGAGUAAGAAAUACCUUCAUUCAUGGAUGCAGCUAGGAGCCAGCGAGACGGGAAAACUUGUCUAUGUAAAUCUGUGCUCAAAGCAAGAUCUUCAAGAUGCAGAAACUUCUGUAUGGAGUACGAUAUCUACAUCCUCCCCUUUUAAUGCUGUUACAUCUAGGCCUGAAAUUCUGCUGAAGAGUAGCACGCAGACGUUCAUCAGAAAUGUAACUGAACACUUCAGUAAAAAUGCCAUUGAAAAUCUCUAUUUUGACUUGAAGUCUGCAGUAACAGAGAAACCCUGGAUUCCAACAACUACUCUUCAAUACUCUAGCAGCACAGAGGAGGUAAGGCAGAGGAAUUAUUAAUUGAUUUAUAUUAAGCCUGCUCCACUCUGUGGAGCCUGAUAGCUAUUACAGGUGGACAUUUGGUGGACUAAAAAAAACUGGAGGGCUGAGCUUUGUUCUUUAUUUUAAUUGGAUACUUUGUUCAUUCUGAUAAUGUCCUUUGCUAAAAAUACAGCUGCAGAAAAAUUCUGCCCCUUCUGUACAGCACGAUCCUGGCAUGCAUGCUGUUCUGAAAAAUCUCUGCCCUAAAAGGGGAAAUGUUCAGGAUACAUGAGGUGCGGUGGAAAGAUCAUGGAUCUGGCAGGAGACAUGGGAGCCUGGGUAUCUGCUGCCAGUGUUUUAGUGUCUGCCAUUGGCAUGUUGCAUGAGUGAGGUUCUAGCUUUAACUAUGCUUUAAGAAACACAGGAUGUUUUAUGACCUCAUUUAGGAUAUGUGAUGUGAGUGAAAUCUGAAUGCUUUAACUUGCACUCAUGAGGAACCCUGGCUUCAACCCUGGUCAGCUUUUCUACUGACCGACAGGCAUAGUGGAAGGCAUGCAGCUGCUUCUUGAUUUAUGCUCUGUUCUAGAGUCCAACCAAGAAAAGCCACAGCAGAGGAGGGGAAUGGGGAGGCCAGUCCUAUCCACAGAGGAAGCUAAUUGCGGGCAUUCAGUAUCUCCACGUGAGCUUCCCCUCUUCUUUUUGUGUGGGCAAGGCACAGUUAAGCGAUUUGAGAGUGAAUCUGAUAUCAUCACCUGGAAAACGUGCACAGGCAGUUAGAGCUGAAGUCCGCAGCACAUUUUUGGUCUCUUUAUAGCUAUCAACACGUGGUGGUUUAGAACUGAAAGCCCCUAAGUUCAGAGUGGCUUCUUGUCAAGGAGACCAUGCUGCACUCACAACAUGGGGGUAGGCAAAUACAUUGUUUUACUCAUUGCUUUGGCUGUCAGCGUUCCUGUGAAUGAGGCUAUAAGAAAUGUGUUUUGCAUUUGGGAGGACUGUGGACAGAGCAGUCUUU